UGUUGGUGUUGUCUGACUAACAAUAGACCGAUCGAAACUUACUGUGCUAGAACCGACUAAUGAAUGUUGACAAACUUUGCACGAGUCUUUCACCCAAUACCAUCAUGGCUAAACUGACCAAUCACUGUCAAAGGACCAGACUUUUAACACCAUCGCCCUACAAACACUAUUCACUUGACCCUGAAGAUGACUUCCGCUCAGGAUGUCGAAACGUCAGUCACCAACAACAGUUCUUUUCAGAACUACCCUCACCCGAACGAUCACACAAUCUUACGAAUUAUUUCUUCGCCUUGACAAUACAACUUGUUGCCUCUUUUUUUUUUUGUUUGUUUUUACAGGAAUCUGGUACACGAUUCUUAAAGCUGUCACCAAGAUCUCUGUGGUUGUGAAUGGCUUUGUGAUUGCCUUUGUGUCGGAGUUUGUUCCUAGACUGUACUACACCUUGGGUGAGGGUCACGACAGUCUGGAAGGAUUCGUGAACAGCACCUUGUCGUGUUUUGUCGUGACAGAUUUUCCUGAAGACGAGAGACCCAGUGGAACGGAUGCCGAUGUACUUUUCAGAAAUAACAGUUGUGGCUUUGGUCUGCCUACCUGCAGAUUUCGAGGCUAUUACGAGCGGCCACUGCUAACGGUAGGAAACCAGACCUUUCCAAACCCUAGAACUUACCAGUUCUCCACAGCUUACUGGCACACUUUGGCAGCCAAACUGUUUUUUGUUGUGGCAUUCUUGCACAUCGUGUUCGGCAUGACGGCAAUUUUGGCCUGGAUUAUCCCGGAUAUUCCAAAAGAAGUUGAAAACCAAGUCAAGAGGGAGAACUUUCUUGCCCGCGAAGCCUUGCGGUCUGCGGAUCAAUACGACUCAGGUUCUCCUGAACCUCCUGAAGACCAACGUGGGCAGAAUGAUAUGCUAUAGAACACAUGGCUAUGGCUGGAAGUAUUUUGGGUUGAGUGGCUUUGGGCACUAGAUGGGUGCAUUGUUUUGACUUUGUACUUGCUUACCCUGAUAAUACAGUCGUAGAGUGUUUUAAAGGAGCUUAGUCACAUUAUUUUGAGUUAUUUUGGCCACGUACAAAAUUACCUUUAAAUUGAAGGGAACCUGAAAAUAACAGUUUACCAAGCUAGAAAAACGCCGAAGAGAUAAUAAUACACCGUAAAGGAACAAGGAUGGUUAAGGAUGGAGAAGAUUAACGCGGAUUGCAAACGACGAACUU